CAUUGGUUAACAGAGUGUAUCAAAGUGAGUAGUGCAAAAAAAGAAAGGCAAAACAGCGCUUCACGAAGACAAACAAACACAAGGAGAGCACAGAGAGGAAAGCAAAGAAGAACGAGCAGAGAGCAAUUCAUAGAUAAAGUUCUCCAUCAAAGACAGAAGACAACUGUACUGUCCCUUUGAGGUAGUCAUACUGCGCAUGCGCGCUGCAUCUCCUCACUCCCUCUCCUCUUGUUGCCUUGGUAACGGGAAAGGGGGGCUGGCGGCCGGAGGGAAGGAGUAGAGAGGUACCCAGUCUAAUCACAUGACCGCUCCUCGUCUUAUUAUCUCUGUGGUGGACGUACAUCAUUUGUUCCCGGACCCAGAACGCAAAUAUCCGUGAGUUUACUGAAAGCCCGUGUUCUCCCCCGGCUGAUCUGCAGGUCGACUGACCGGAUUUCGACAUGUCAGACGUAGUUCCUCCAGAAGUGAGACCCAAACCAGCUGUCCCUGCCAAGCCCCCAAAUGUGGGGGCUCCGUCCCCCUCCAGCCCUUUCCCACCCCAGGGGCCUGGCAUCGGGGGAGGUGGCGUCUCAGCUCAACCUCCGAGUUGCAUCCCAGUCCCCAUCGGGAGUCACGGCCCCAGUCAUGCUGUGGGCCACAAUGCAGCUCAUACUGGGAGUCACGCUGCAGCAGCACACACUGGAGGUCUCAGUGGCUCCUUCAACGCCGGCUCUGGAUCCACUCUGCUGGGGUACAUCGGCAUCGACACCAUCAUCGAGCAGAUGAGGAAGAAGACCAUGAAGACCGGCUUCGACUUCAAUAUCAUGGUAGUAGGUCACAGUGGUCUCGGGAAGUCAACUCUGGUGAACACCUUGUUCAAGUCCCAGGUGAGCAGGAGGAACGCGGGGUGGACCCGCGAUGAGAAGGUCCCAAAAACUGUGGAGAUCAAAGCCGUGUCUCAUGUGAUCGAGGAGGGUGGUGUGAAGAUGAAGCUGACAGUUGUUGACACUCCAGGAUUUGGAGACCAAAUCAAUAAUGACAACUGCUGGGAGCCCAUUUCCAAGUAUAUCAAUGAGCAGUAUGAGAAGUUCCUAAAGGAGGAGGUCAACAUCACCAGAAAGAAGCGCAUCCCUGACACCAGGGUGCACUGCUGUCUUUAUUUCAUCUCCCCAACUGGACACUCUCUUCGGCAGCUAGACGUCGAGUUCAUGAAGCGCUUGAGUCACUCAGUCAACAUUAUCCCAGUGAUUGCAAAGGCAGACACAAUGACCAUUGAAGAAAGACAGGAGUUCAAACAGCGGGUGAGGAAGGAGCUAGAGAUGAGUGGGAUUGAGUUUUACCCACAGAAAGAAUUUGAUGAGGACAUGGAGGACAAGAGCGACAAUGACAAGAUCAGAGAGGCGAUGCCCUUCGCUGUGGUGGGCAGUGACAAAGAAUAUCAAGUGAAUGGCAAACGUGUUUUGGGGAGGAAAACAGCGUGGGGAGUUGUAGAAGUUGAAAAUACCAACCAUUGUGAGUUUGCUCAGUUGAGAGAUUUCCUGAUCAGGUCUCAUCUACAGGAUCUGAAGGAGGUCACUCAUAACAUUCACUAUGAAACCUACCGUGCCAAGAGACUGAACGAGAAUGGAGGUCUGCAUCCCAUAUCCGCCAAUGACACCCAAGAAAGCAACCUGUAAUCAGUCUAAUAGGGGAAUCGUUCAAAGUGAGAGCAAAAACAGUGCAAUGAAGCUGAUAGAUAAAUCUACAGUAUAUUAUCAUCAUUAUCAUCACAGCAUCGCUGCAUGCUUGGAAAACAUUUAAAUCUGUAUAAAUUGGUGUCAUGUAGCCAUGUCAUAUGUUUCUGAGCCCAAGCUCCACCCGUCACUUUCUCCACUUUCUUCCCCAACGUCAUCCCACAAACACAUAUCAGACCCCUCUAGCUCUAUUCCUAUGAAUAUCUGGAUAAAAGGACAGUCCCAGCCAGAGACUUAGUGCCAUUAUUGUAAUUUUAUCUACUGCCAAUGCCUUGUAAUUUCUCAUUUUCCAGGUAUUACAAGCUUAGGAAGUGCCACAUAAUGAUGUGUAAAAAAGGCAAAUUUUUAAGUCUGUCAUUAAAUUUGUUUUAGCCUUGUCUACAACUGCUGUCUGGAUUCAGAUAAAUGAAAUGAUUUACUCUAAAUGUUUAAAUCAUAACCUUUGUAUAGAAGUGAUAUAUGAGGCACACUGCAGUUGACUAUACAAAUUGCUUUAAAAAAAAUUCACAGCAGCAACUGUUCAUUUGAAGAAACAACCCUGUAGCUUUACAGUCUAGAGGGCUUAACAAAGAUUACAAACUGUGCUCUUCUUUUACACCCACCAUUACGAAGAAAACUAAUGAAAUUUCUCUAAUGAUCCUUUGCCCUGUUCAUGAUUAUUCUCUUGAUUUUAAAAUAGUUUGCAUGCACAGACCUGCAUACAAAGAUGAGAGACAGCUGCAACAUCAUUCACAUAUGAAAUGUAAUUCUGUGGGAAGCAGUGUGAGAGUAAUUAAAGUGUACACAGGGUGCAUGACUGUGCAUACUGCAGAUUCUGUGAUUUCUAUGAUUCACCAUACUAGCACAAACACAAACUGAACAGUUAGGGGACGGCUUAGCUCAGCUUUGUUGCGCAGCAACUUGUAUAGUGCAAAGAACUGUGGUCCAGUGCAUUUGUGUUUGCCGCAAUUAGCAUUGUCCGACUUUGCUCUUGCAAUGACGGAUAAUGACUAAAGGAUAAUUAUGAAACAGAUCAGUAAAUUUAUAUUUUUUCCUGAAUUCAGUUGAGGUUGCGACCUAUUCUGUCAGAUAAAUGGACAGAUUCACCCGAUUUUAAUGUUAAUAUAAAAGCCUGCAACAUUUAAUUCAACUUGUCUUACUUAACAGAAAUUAAAAAGCCAAUAAAGUAAUUUAAAAAUAUCUAUCAUACACAUGUUUACUCAGCUUGAACGAUUCACACGUAGUGUUUGAAACCCACAAUCUUUACUCACAGUUUUUGUAUUUAUUAGACUUGAAUGUUUAAUGCAUUAUUCCCUCAUCUUACUCAGUGGCCAUUCACAAAAAGAAUAUUUUAUGAUACUGAAAACAGACACACAGUUAUAAUCAGUGUACUUGUGCACAAGUCUGAUGUACAUGAUGGUGAGAAGAAACCUGAAAAUUAUAAUAAUUUUUUAUUGUUGAUGUCCUGUGCCAUGCAAAGUAUUUGUGAACUAAGAAGUGGUAACCAGUAGUUGUGCUGAUGCUGUUUUAAAAUUUUACCUUCUCCUCUUCACCACUUGGUGGCAGCAUUAAGCCAUGUAACAGCAGUGACUCAAUAGUACAUGAAAUAGAGACUUGGUGGACCAAAUCAGUAUCCUCUCAGAUGUUCCGAAUUUUUUUUAAAUGUCUGUCCGAUCCAGUCUUAUUUCCUGAUGAAAUUUCACUGCUGUCAGUCAUAAUUAAUCUAACUUUCCAGGUCAAGUUUACAAGAUGCUUUAAUAAUAUCACCCAAUACCCCAAAUCAACUUUCAAUCAAUGUUUACUAAGUUUUCUUCAGGAUCUCAAUAUUUAUACUGUUCUGCCAUUUAAUAUUUGCAGUAGAGCACAAAUAUGCCAAAACUACAAUUAAUCCAAUCUUUCAAUCUCCAUCUAAUUUUUUAAGUUGAAUCAUUUUAUAUAAUCAUACGUUUGUGUGAUUUUGAUAUG